AUUGACAAGAUGCUGAAGAAGCCGGAUGAAAAUCGGAAUCAAACACAAAUAUUUAACUGAAUUUUGGCAGAUUGACUGGUUUGAUGAAAAGGUUCAAAGUAAUUUUGGAUCCAUGCUUGUAUCUUCUCAUUAUCGAUCAUCAAUUAAUUGAAAAUUAUGGCGAGCGGAAUCUGGCCUGUUGUGAAUGUGCAAGCAGACGCUGUUGCUAAAGAUAGAUACUAUGAAAACAUCUAUCAAGACUUUGAUGCUAAUAUUUUAAACGACUUUGUUGAAAAAGAGAACAACGUAUACAAGAUCACAGAACUGUUCAUAACAAAAUUGAGACAGAAUGCAGAAAUUCUGCUUCAAGAUGUAAUGGCCCAUGAAAAAGAUGUUGCUACAUCAGGAUUUUCAGUGUACACAGGAGUGGCUGGUGUCGCACUAGUAUUUCUUUUAGCAAGCCGCCGAUUUAGUGGAGAACACAAACAGAUUGCCAAAUCUUUCAUAAAAUUAGCGCACAGCAAUCCUCACAGAUCUCGAGUAAAUUUUCUAAAUGGUAACUCUGGUGUUCUUAUAUUAAACGCCUUGAUUAAUGAUAACAUAGAAGCUAAAGAAUUACUAAAUCAGAGAUUAGAAGAAAUGUACCGGCUUGUGAAAAGCCCCAACUCUGAUAUGCCUAAUGAGCUGUUGUAUGGGCGGGUUGGAUUUCUGUACUCCGUACUCUUCAUGAAAAAGAAUAACUUUUCAGUACAUUUUAGCGAAUCGAAUAUAAAAGCUGUAAUAAAAAUAAUAAUUGAUCAAGGACACAGCCUUGCUGUGGAUGAAAAAUAUAAGGCUCCAUUAAAAUAUAAGUGGCAUGAUAAAAAUUAUUUUGGAGCUGCUCAUGGAACUGCAGGUAUCCUGUAUCUACUGCUUCAGGCUAGAGAGUUUGUAAGUGAAGAAGAUCUCAGGCAUUACAUCCAACCAACUAUUGAUGAUUUACUGGAGUGCCGUUUUAGAAGUGGCAAUGUUUUAUCCUCAGAGGGAAGCACAUCAGACCGUCUUGUACAAUGGUGCCAUGGUGCUCCUGGAGCUGUGCAACUUUUUUGCCUUGCUUAUGAGAUUUUCGGAGAGAGGCGCUACUUGUCUGCUGCUGUACUUUGUGGUGAAGUAGUGUGGAGGCGUGGACUACUUCGCAAAGGGUGCGGUCUUUGCCAUGGUACAGCAGGAAAUGCAUACACUUUCAUUUCCCUUUACCAAUUGUUCAAGAAGCGACAAGAUGAAUUCUCUGAGGUAGAAGCAGCAAAGUAUCUUUACAGAGCUUGCGUGUUUGCAGACUGGUGCUUUGAAUUCAAUAAUCAUCGAGAAAGGUGUCCAGAUCGGUUUUAUUCUCUUUUUGAGGGCCUAUCAGGCACCAUUUAUUUUCUGAUUGAUUUGUUACAACCUAUGCAAGCAGCAUUUCCAGGAUACACUAUUCAAUGUUUGUAAUUUUUAAUUUUCUGAAAUUGUAUACGCUGCUCUACUGAUUUUUGUAUCUUCCAAUUCAUAAAUUUUGAUUUCUUUACAACA